AUGGCCUUCGACAACGCCGUCCUCGUCUUCACCCACUACGUCGGGUUCCGAUGGUCCUUCCUGUACCCGUUCGACGGGGACGCUUCGUUCGUCGUUAUCUAUGUUCAGCUGGUUCGUCUUGUGGAAUUUGAGGUGCCAGAUGACAAGUGUGCUUGCGAGGAUGGAUACUUCAACCCAAAUCCCAAAUCAGUCGACAAAUGUUACAGCUGUAUUCUGUACGAGGUCUUCACCCCGGACUAUUACAACGAACCGCCAUACGACAGCAUUGUCAACGGUAACAAUCACUACGCCCAUGUGCCGUGUGACACUGGGCAGUACAGAACCGGAAGUGGUACAAGGUGGUCAGUAGAUGUAGGCGCGAACCGAAGGAUCCAGCCUGGUUACGGGCCUGGGGUAUGCGUCUCCUGCCCGACCUGCCCAACCGCGUUCCCGUACCCGGUCGAGUACCGGUCAGGCUGCUCGGGGAUUGACGCCGGGACCUGCCAGCCCUGCACCACAUGCACACUGUACGACCCCGAGAAGCAAUCGUCCCAGUACCCGCCGGCUGCGGCCAGCUAG